GAUGUAGGAAUGUUCUCUCGACGCUAUUCUGCAUUUUCCUCUAUUACCCUCCAAACCCUUCCAAAAUCCCGCUCUCUAUACUCUCUGCUAGCCUCCAAAAACCCCAAAAAAUUCUCCAAGAAAUCAUGCAUUACUCUCCUGAAAAGCUGCAAAUCUAUGAAAGAACUCAAACAGAUCCAUUGCCAGAUCUUCCGGGCCUGUCUCCAUCAAAACAGAGAUACCUUAGACAAGCUCAUGGCCUUCUGCACAGCCCAAGAGCAUUUGAAUCUGCACUAUGCAGACAAGAUUUUCAAAACGAUUCAAGACCCAUCUCUUUUUUCCUACAAUCUGAUGAUUAGAGCAUUUGCAAAAAAGGGUAGUAUGGGAAAUGCCGUUUUGCUCUUUGAUAGGCUAAGGGAACAUGGCCUGUCAACUGAUAAUUUCACUUACCCUUCUGUUCUGAAGGCAGUGGGAUGCUUGAAUGCUAUUUCAAAAGGGUGGGAGAUUCAUGGGUUCAUUGUGAAAUCUGGAUUGGAAUUUGAUUCCUACGUCAGGAACUCGCUUAUUAACAUGUAUGCUGAAAUGGGUCAUAUUGAAAUCUCGCGGCAGUUGUUCGAUGAAAUGCUGCAGAAGGAUUUGGUUUCUUGGAAUGUCAUGAUUGGUGGGUACGUUAAGUGCGGGCUGUUCAAGGACGCAGUGAAUGUUUUCCGGCAGAUGGGACGGGAAGGUGUGGGGCCCGAUGAAGCUACAUUGGUGAGCACUCUUUCUGCUUGUGCCUCACUGGGGGACUUGGAAUUGGGUAAGAAAAUUCACUGCUGUAUCAUGAGUGGGGAAGUUGAAUUCAGCACUGUUCUAGGCAAUGCCUUGUUGGAUGUGUACUCCAAGUGUGGGCGUGUCGAUCUGGCGCGUCCAUUAUUUGAUGAGAUGCCCAUGAAAAACGUAAUUUCUUGGACUAGUAUUGUUUCAGGAUACGUGAAUAAUGGUCAGGUGGAUGAGGCUAGGGAGCUGUUUGAUAGGAGUUUAGUGAGGGAUGUCAUUCUUUGGACGGCUAUGACUAAUGGGUACGUGCAGUUUAGCCGAUUCGAUGAGGCCCUGGCUCUGUUUAGAGAGAUGCAGAUUAGAAGGGUCAAGCCAGAUAAAUAUACGGCCGUGAGUGUUCUAACCAUUUGUGCUCAUUUGGGAGCUCUUGAGCAAGGGAAAUGGAUACAUGGAUUCAUCGAUGAAAGUGCAAUUAGGAUAGAUGCCAUUGUUGGUACAGCACUCAUAGACAUGUAUGCGAAAUGUGGCUGCAUAGAGAAGUCGAUAGAGGUAUUUCAGAGAGUUGAGCAAAAAGAUACAGCAUCUUGGACUGCAAUUAUAUGUGGGCUUGCUAUGAAUGGGCAGACAAGCAAAGCACUUGAAUUUUUCUCGGAGAUGAAAGGUAUAGGAGCGAAACCUGAUGAUAUCACAUUCAUAGGUGUUUUGGCUGCUUGUAGUCAUGGAGGAUUGGUGGAGGAAGGCCGUUGGUAUUUCGAUUCCAUGGAGAGGGUAUAUCAGAUAGAACCCAAACUAGAGCACUACGGUUGUUUGGUUGACCUCUUCGGACGUGCCGGUUUGUUAGAUGAGGCAGAAGAGUUGAUACAUAAAAUCCCGAAUGGCAACGAGAAGCUACCGUUAUGGGGUGCUUUGCUUGCAGCUUGCAGAAUCCAUGGCAAUGUCGAGAUGAGCGAGCAUGUGGCGAAACACCUUGUUGGAAUUGAAUCCUGCAAUUCUGGUAUCCACACGCUUCUUGCUAACAUUUACGCAGCAGCUGACAGAUGGGAGGAUGCAACCAGGGUGAGGAGGAAGAUGAAAGAUCUUGGUGUUAGGAAAAUACCCGGAUGCAGUUCGAUCGAAGUGAAUGGAGUUGUCCAUGAGUUUCUUGUCAGAGAUACUUCACACCCUGAGAUAAGAGAGAUUUACUGUGUGUUGAAUAGUAUGUUCAGAAUCUUGGGCUUGGAAGAAAACAUAACAGACCGAUGAAACUGUCUAAACAAUCUUGUGAUUACUGAAAACCCCAGAUGGCUUCAAAAAAGUAUCUAAACAAUCUCGUGAUUAGAAAACCCCAGGUGGGCUUUAAAAAGCAGAGGCCAUCGACAACACAGACUGAAAAUUUAAACGAUUUCAACUCCUUCCAAUCAGCCAUGGAAGAAUUAUUCACUUAUUUGUUUGCAGGAAUGCAUGAGGCUUUGAAAUGCUGUGUUGAAGGCAAUGAAAAUUUAAACAAUUUCAACUUCUUCCAAUUGGCCAAGGAAGAAUUCUUCACUUCUUUGUUUGCAGGAACUGUACAGUCACAUAAACCAUUUCAAAGAUCAUUAACCACAAUCAUUCAUGAAUGAUUUGAGAUCACGGGCCCAGCAAUUCAGAUUCAAUUUUGUGGGUGAUGCAUUCAUCGAGUGGGAUUGUGCAGGACCCCAAAUUAGCAGAGGUGGGAUUUUGGCAUCUUGUGUCAAAAGGGUUUAGAUGAUCGUUGGACACUGGAUUUAGAAACUAUCAUGCUUGGAAAUGCGUUGGACUACAAUCCAGAAGACGAUAAAGAUGAAUUUGAGUUGGGUACCAAGAGCAGAAUGCAGAUUUUUGAGCAAGUUUGUGAUAGAAUCAUAGAAAGGAUAAGAGGAGAAGUCGAAGACACUCCAAAGCCAGGUAAAGGGGAUUAAGAACUUCCUGAAGAAGUCAAUUCCUGCCAAGUUCCAUCAGUCCAUUUGGAUGUAGGCUAAAUUCACAGCCAUUUGGGGAGGUGUGGAAAGGAGAAAUGGAUGGGCUUUUCUCUUCCUCCCUUUCAGCCCUGAAACAAACAUGGGACUGUAACUGUCAGUUCAGAGCUGAAUCUGAAAUGCUCCUACUUACCGUUGGUAUCUACUGUCUCGUAAGAGGAUAUGAAGGCUGUCUCAAAUGAGGCAGAACUAGAUGGAGCUUUCGAUCUGCUGAUAAGACCACAACAAUGUUGCCGCACUCGGAAUUACAAAUAUUGUUUGCAGGAAUGCCCAGAUGUUAAGC